AUGCAAAGCCAGGCCCGCCCGACCAUGGCCAUCAUCACCACGGCGCGCUCUCUCUUCUCCACUCCACUCUCCCUGUCCUCCACCACCACCUCCUCCUCCUCCUUCCGAGCCUCUCAUCAUGAUGUGCAUGCACCAGUGCAACACCGCCAUUACCUUUCCUUCCUCCAUUUUACCAUCGCCUCCCCUCCUCACACCGCCGACACCUCCACCACCAUGGCCUCACAGGUCCCCUUCCAUGGCCUCCUGCUUCUGCUCCCGCUCCUCACCAUCACCACCGCGUCGUCGGCGCCGCUCCCGCUGCUCGCGCUUCUCUCUCUCAAGUCCUCCCUGAACGACCCGGCCGGCGCGCUCAGUCCAUGGACUUACGCCGCGGCGGCCUCCGCAGGCGCCACCCGGUCGCUCUCCCCUCCGUGGUGCGCAUGGCCCGGCGUCGUGUGCGACGCGGCCACCGGCGACGUCGUCGGGGUCGAUCUGUCUCGCCGCAACCUAUCCGGCACCGUCUCCCCCACGGCCGCCGCGCUGCUCGCGCCGACGCUGGCUUCGCUCAACCUCAGCUGGAACGCCUUCACGGGGGAGCUCCCGCCGGCGGUGUUCUUGCUCCGUCGUCUUGUGAAGCUUGACAUCAGCCACAACUUCUUCAACUCCACCUUCCCCGACGGCAUUGCCAGGCUCGGCUCCCUCUCCGUACUCGAUGCCUACAGCAACUGCUUCGAGGGCCAGCUUCCCCGCGGCAUCGGGGAGCUCCAGAGGCUCGAGCACCUCAACCUCGGGGGCAGUUUCUUCAAUGGGAGCAUUCCGGUCGAGGUUGGGCAGCUUCGGCAGCUACGCUUCCUGCACCUCGCCGGGAACGCCCUCUCAGGGCAGCUGCCGAAGGAGCUCGGCGAGCUCGCGCUGCUCGAACACCUUGAGGUCGGGUAUAAUGGCUACAAUGGUGGCAUACCAGCGGAGUUCGGUGGGCUGACGCAGCUCCGGUACCUCGACAUCGCCGCGGCAAAUGUGUCCGGCUCGCUUCCGCCGGAGCUUGGCGGGCUCGCGCGGCUCGAAUCUCUGUUUCUAUUCAAGAACAGGCUAGCCGGCGCAAUACCGCCGCCGUGGUCGCGCCUCCGAGCACUGCAGGUUCUUGACCUGUCGGACAACCAGCUCGCCGGAGCUAUACCCGCCGGUCUGGGCGAGCUCGCGAAUCUCACGACGCUGAACCUCAUGAGCAACUUCCUCUCCGCCACGAUCCCGGCGACGAUCGGUGAGCUUCCCAACCUCGAGGUGCUGCAACUGUGGAACAACUCACUCAUCGGGAGGCUGCCGGAGUCGCUCGGUACGAGCGGGCGGCUCGUUCGCCUGGACGUGUCGACCAACUCCCUCUCCGGCCCGAUCCCGUCGGGACUCUGCACCGAUCACCGACUCCUCCGCCUCAUACUCUUCGCCAACCGAUUUGACUCCGCCAUCCCGGCGAGCCUCGCCAACUGCUCGUCGCUGUGGCGGGUUCGGCUCGAGUCCAACCGGCUCUCCGGCACGAUUCCGUCCGGCUUCGGCGCGGUGCAGAACCUGACGUACAUGGACUUGAGCUCCAACGAGCUCACCGGCGGCAUUCCGGCUGAUCUGGUCAUUUCCCCGAGCCUGGAGUACCUCAACGUCUCCGGCAACCCGAUCGGCGGUACGCUUCCGAGCAAUACGUGGCGGGCACCGAAGCUGCAAGUCUUGGCGGCGAGCAAGUGCGCUCUGGACGGCGAAAUCCCGCCGUUUGGCACCUCCGGGUGCGCAAACUUGUACAGGCUGGAGCUGGCCUGGAAUGAGCUGAGCGGCGCGGUCCCCGGUGACAUUGGCAGCUGCAAGCGGCUGGUGAGCUUGAGGCUGCAGCACAACAACCUGAGUGGCGAGAUCCCAGCGGUGCUCGCGGCGCUGCCGUCGGUCACCGAGGUGGACCUCUCCUGGAACGUCCUUACCGGCAGCAUCCCGCCGGGCGUCGCCAAUUGUACUACGCUGGAGACCUUCGACGUGUCUUUCAACCAUUUAGCACCGGUUGGGACGGCCUCGCGGUCGCCGACUCCCGGCGAGGGCGGUUCAGCGCGCCACACCGCUGCAAUGUGGAUGUCAGCCGUGGCAGUGGCGUUCGCCGGAAUGGUGGUGCUGGCGCUUACCGCGCGCUGGCUGCAGUGUCUGGAGGACGACUCGGUGGCCUCGAGCAGCGCCGGAGCGGGAGGGGCACGCCCUAACGUAGUCGUUGGGCCGUGGAGGAUGACCGCGUUUCAGAGGCUGAGCUUCACAGCGGACGACGUGGCACGGUGCGUCGAGGGGAGCGACGGCAUCGUCGGCGCCGGGUCGUCGGGAACGGUGUACCGGGCGAAGAUGCCGAAUGGCGAGGUAAUCGCCGUGAAGAAGCUGUGGCAAGCGCCGGCGCAAAAGGAGACAGCCGCAGAUCACGCGGCGAAGCAAAUGGACACACAAGACGGCGGCGACGGCAACGAGAGGGUGCUCGCCGAGGUGGAGAUGCUCGGCCAUCUCCGCCACCGCAACAUCGUUCGGCUGCUCGGGGUGUGCACAAACGGCGAGACGACGAUGCUGCUCUACGAGUACAUGCCCAACGGCAGCCUCGACGAGCUCCUGCACGGCGCCACGGCGGGAAAGACGCCGAAGGCGCGCCCGGAGUGGGACGCGCGGUACAGAAUCGCCGUCGGCGUGGCGCAGGGCGUGAGCUACCUCCACCACGACUGCCUGCCCGCGGUGGCGCACCGCGACCUCAAGCCCAGCAACAUCCUCCUCGACGCCGACAUGGAGGCCCGCGUGGCCGACUUCGGCGUUGCCAAGGCUCUCCAGGGCGCCGCGCCAAUGUCCGUCGUUGCCGGCUCCUGCGGCUACAUCGCACCAGAGUACACGUACACACUGCGUGUGGACGAGAAGAGCGACGUGUACAGCUACGGCGUGGUGCUGCUGGAGAUUCUUACCGGGCGGAAGUCGGUGGAGGCGGAGUACGGGGAGGGCAGCAACAUUGUGGAUUGGGUGAGAUCCAAGGUCGCCGGCGGCGGCGGCGGCUUGCGCGACGUGAUGGAGCACGUUAGCAGCAACAGCGAGCCGGCGCGGGAGGAGAUGGCGCUGGUGCUGCGGGUGGCGCUGCUGUGCACGAGCCGGUGCCCGCAGGACCGGCCGUCGAUGAGGGACGUGCUGUCCAUGCUGCAGGAGGCCAGGCCCAAACCCGGCCGGAAACCGGCGGCGAAGAAGCUAGUGCCGUAG